UAGAGAAAGACUCCCAAACCCAAAACCCUCCAAUUCAAAAUCCUACGCGCAACGUAGACGGAGAAAAGAGGGAAAGUGAGAGUGUCACUGUGUCACCGGCCAUCGCAAUGUCAGGUUUCCCAUUUUCCCAGUCGGGCCAAUCCUCAACCUCCUCCCCAUUCUCGUUCGGAUCCACCGAUUUCUCUUCUUCAAACCCUAGUACUUCGUCCUCCUUCCCACUCUCUUUUAACACCUCGUCCUCAAACCCUAGCUCUGCUUCCUCCACAGCCUCCCCUUUCUCAUUACCUCUCAACACCUCUUCCUCCACCACAAACCCUACCUCCGCUGCUUUUGGAUUUAGUUCAAAUUUAUCUAAUUCCGGUUCAACUCCAACUCUAUCUUCAUCACCUGCUACACCCGCGUCCUCUCUCUUUGGAACGCCUUCAACCGCCACCAAUACGUCCCUGUUUGGGACUACUACAUCUGCCGCCACAUCUGCACCCUCUUUUGUUGGAGCAUUUACACCUGCGACGAAUACCAUAUCCGUUACUACUACGUCACCGUUUGGGACAUCCUUUUCUGCCUCCAAUACUGCCGGAACACCGGCUUUUCCCUCGUUUGCAUCGUCUACAUCCGCGUCAACUUUUACUUCUCCCUUGUUUGUAACAUCUUCGUCAACAGCUGCCACUGCAGCCUCUCCCUUGUUUGGAACAUCUUCAUCCACGGCUGGGACUACAAAUCCACCUCUGUUUGGAACAUCUUCAUUCACGGCUGGGGCUACAGCUUCGCCCCCUUUUGGAGCAUCUUCAUCCGCCUUCGCGGCUGGGACUAAUGCUCCGGCCCUGUUAGGAGCAUCUUCAUCUACCACAGGUUCUGCGACAUCCUUGUUUGGAAGUACUGGUGCUUCCACUGCGUUGUCUACUACAAAAUCAACUGCUCCUUCAUUUUCCAGCGCGUUCCCUCCGAGUUCAUCUUCAAAUUUAACUUCAACCACUGGCUCAGCUUCACCUUUCUCGGCUUCUACUGGGUUUUCGAUCCCGUCUAGUUUAUCCUUUUCACAAACUACUCAAAGUUCAACAUCUACGACUUCACAACCUUCGCUUACAACGUCUUCAUCAUCGGCGAGCUCUUCUAGCUUUUCAUUUGGAAAACCGGCCUCUCAAUCUUCAUUUAGCUUCAGCAAUGCUACUUCAGCUUCAUCUGCUGCCACAAUCUCCAACACACCUGCCGCAAAGCCCCCUUCACUGUCUUUUGGUGCAACAUCUUCAGUGCCACUGUUCUCUACUGUCACUACCACCACUGCUUCCACCCCAGCUGCUGGUACCACAACAACAACUGCGACAUUGCCAGCUUUUGGUGUGAGUUCUUCCUCGGCUGUUACAUCUUCAACAUCAGCACCUGCUAGCUCUGGUUCCGGUGCUAGUUCUUUUACUGGUUUUGGUAUGACCAGUAGUACAUCUACUUCCACUGGGACUACUAGCUCUUUUACAGGUUUUUCAUUGUCUAGUAAAACAGCUACGCCUUCUUCAUCACAAGCACAAUCUACUGCUGCGGCACCUGUUUUCAGUGUCCCUACUUCAACUUCUGCUGCAGCAACAACUUCCAGCACCAGUACUCCUGCUGCUCAAACAUCUUCCUCUCUUGUUGUAGCUUCUAGUAGUGGGACAAGUGCAACAGUGAGUACGACAGUGUCUGCUACACCAAAAUUACCAUCUGAGAUCACAGGGCGAACUGUUGAGGAGAUCAUCAAGGAAUGGAACGCGGAGUUACAAGAGCGCACUGGGAAGUUUCGGAAGCAAGCUAGUGCCAUAGCUGAGUGGGACAAGAGGAUCUUGCAAAACCGUGAUGUCCUUCUUAGGCUUGAGAUUGAAGUGGCAAAAGUGGUUGAGACCCAAGCUAACUUGGAGCGACAGCUUGAGUUAAUUGAAACUCAUCAGCAAGAGGUUGAUAAGGCUUUACAAAGCAUGGAAGAAGAAGCUGAGCGCAUUUACAAGGAUGAGCGAGGAUUACUUCUUGACGAUGAAGCUGCAUCAACUAGAGAUGCAAUGUAUGAUCAGGCUGAAUUUAUAGAGAGAGAAAUGGAGCAGAUGACUGAGCAGAUAAAAUCAAUCAUUCAGACUUUAAAUUCUAACCAGGGAGGACUUGAUGCAAUUGAUGGGAUGACUCCACUGGAUGUGGUUGUCCGAAUCUUAAACAAUCAACUAAGUUCUUUAAUGUGGAUUGACGAGAAGGCUGAGGAAUUCUCUUCCCGCAUCCAAAAGCUUGCUACCCAAGGUUCUGCUGCAGAUCGUGAAUUGAUGGGUCCAAAAUUUUGGAUGUCUUGAUCCCUGGAAUCAAUACACUGGCUCCCAUUUUGGGUGCAUAUGAAUUGAUGAUACAUAUACUAAUCUCCAUUUUUUUUCCAUUUGAUGGGCUUGAUGGUGAAUAUUUGGACCCAUCUGUAGGUUUUUUCCAUUGUAUGUGCCAUGUAUCCCAAAACCUUAGGAAGUGGGUAGUGGGUACUCGUACUCUGUUUUCCUCCCAGCGAGAUGUCUGUCACACAAAUUCACAUUGGUUUUCCCUUCCAUAAUUCCAUUACAGUGCAACCUAAAGGAAGUAAAUAUGAGUUUUUGCAUUGAGCA